AGUAGCUAUUUAUGCAUUAAAUAAAGGAAUCAGUCAAUAUUUAUGUUAUUGUUCAAGGUAAUAAAUAGGUGUUAUAAUCAUGGUAAGACCAGAGAAGUUACAAGGAUCAUAUUAUUUUUAAUAACAAUUUUUUUUUUGCUAUGGGGGGAUGAAAUAUGUGUUCCUUUACUUAAUAUAUACCUCUUUAUAUACCUUUGAAUACCUCUUUAUAUACCUCCCUGGUAAUUAAGACCCUACUGUAGCUGAUGGUACCCUAUCACAAUCUUACUUAACUUUUAAAACUUUAUGAUAUCUGGUGCCAGAUAAUGACGGUAUAUUCCUAGGGCCUAGAUGAAAGUAAAGGAUUACUCACCCAAAAUUAGAAGUUAAAAUAAUGAACUUAAUAUAGAACUAACCCUGUUAUAUUUAAGAUAACAAAUACCCCAAAGCAACAGCCAGGGAUGUUAGACAUCAAUUUACAAAAAAAAAAAAAAAUUACCUAAUUAUACAUAAUUUCAUGCUAAUCUGAAUGAUGCCAUUUCUUUUCUGGCAUGCAUAACUCAAAUAGAAACACCCCAACAAUUGUGUAUAAAAGCCCAAAGACACCAUCAGCACAUGAUAUUCUGUUCUCCUUUGAAAUUACACCUAUCUUCUUCCAGACAGGGUGAACGUUUCUCAUCCUAUCAUGUCUCUCCGAUUUUCUAGUGGGUCUAGGCAUAUUUGCUUAUGGUCUGGAGCUGGGUCUGUCAGACCAUCCAGUGGAGGCUUAGGCUUUGCAGGCAGCAAUGCAUGUGGCAGCUCUGUGGCUGGAAGUGGAUUUUCCUGUGCCUUGGGAGGGGGCCUGGGCAAUGUUCCUGGGGGGAACCAUGCUGGUGGCGUCCUUGGAAACGCUGCUUGUGCUGGCUUUGCUGGAAGUGAAGGGGGACUUCUGUCCGGGAAUGAGAAGGUGACCAUGCAGAAUCUUAACGACCGCUUGGCAUCCUACCUGGGAAACGUGCGAGCUCUGGAGGAGGCAAAUGCCGAACUAGAGAGAAAAAUCAAGGGCUGGUAUGAUAAAUACGGGCCUGGAUCUUGCCGUGGACUUGAUCAUGACUAUAGCAGAUACUACCAGAUAAUUGAAGAACUUAAGAAUAAGGUUAUCUCUUCCACUAUUGCUAACGCUAACGUAAUUCUGCAUAUUGACAAUGCCAGACUGGCUGCGGAUGACUUCCGGCUAAAGUAUGAAAAUGAGCUCGCCCUUCACCAAAACACAGAGGCUGACAUCAACGGGCUGCGGAGAGUCCUAGACGAACUGACGCUCUGCAGGACCGACCAGGAGCUGCAGUACGAAUCCCUGAGCGAAGAGUUGAGGUACCUCAAGAAGAACCACGAAGAGGAAAUGCAGGCCCUGCAGUGCGCGGCGGGCGGGAACGUGAACGUGGAGAUGAACGCGGCGCCUGGCGUGGACCUCACGGUGCUGCUGAACAACAUGCGGGCCGAGUACGAAGACCUGGCCGAGCAGAACCGCAGGGACGCGGAGGCCUGGUUCAACGAGAAGAGCGCCACCCUGCAGCAGCAGAUCUCCGACCACGCGGGCGCGGCCACUUCGGCCAGGAGCGAGCUGACCGACAUGAAGCGCAGCCUGCAGACCCUGGAGAUCGAGCUGCAGUCGCUCCUGGCAAUGAAACAGUCCCUGGAGUGCUCCCUGACCGAGACCAAAGGGAACUACUGCACGCAGCUCGCCCAGAUCCAGGCUCAGAUCGGGGCCCUGGAAGAACAGCUGCACCAGGUCCGAACCGAGACGGAGGGCCAGAAACUGGAGUACGAGCAGCUGCUCGACAUCAAGGUCCACCUAGAAAAGGAAAUUGAGACCUACUGCCGCCUGAUAGAUGGAGACGGGAACUCAUGCUCCAAAUCAAAGCGCUUUGGAUCAGGAGGCUCAGGGAGUUCACCCAAAGAGUUAUCCAAAACCACAUUGGUAAAGACAGUGGUUGAAGAGAUAGAUCAACGUGGUAAAGUUCUUUCAUCGAGAGUCCACUCCAUUGAAGAAAAGACAUCUAAAAUGACCAGUAACAAAACAGAACAAAGGGUUCCUUUCUAGCCACCAUUGAGAAAAGAACAAUUUGGGAGAGGAUUCUUCACAACUGCAUUAUUCUAAAUAUCAAGAAAAUUAUUAUAUUCUACCUUUAAUGAUAAAUCACUUAGCAAAAAUAACCUGGUUUCUUAGUUCACUUUUACAGGGUGUUGGGUGUUUGUUUUCAAAUAAAUAAAAAAGUGAUUGUGCACUCA